UCUCCCAAAUACUCAUCAAUUAGAUAUUCUUUCUCGUCAGGUAGAUGAAGAGUAGUUUCCAUUGCCCAGUUUGAUCCAUCGAUUUGGAAAUAUGAAUGAAGAAUCAAUUCUUUUGGUUUCAUUUUUGUUUUUGGAUUUGAAAAUGGUGGCGUUCAGUACUGAAGCUUAGCUUGUUGGCAAAUGGUUACAGAGGCCCAAGAGAAAAUAUAAUCCAUUCCAUUCAGUGCCUAAAUCCUCAAUAUAUACUUUUUCAGGCAUGUCAAGGGUUGACUCAGAUGUCUUCUUGUAACUCUUUUAAUUUGCAGUAUGGUGAAGUUGGAGGAUAUGGCUUCUGCCUCUUCUGCUACCCCUUCACAAUCAACUCCCAAAUUCACUUACGAUGUUUUCUUGAGUUUUCGAGGGGAAGAUACUCGCAAGAAUUUUGUUGAUCACCUUUACCAUUGGCUGGAACAGAAAGGGCUCCACACCUUCAAAGAUGACGAGCGGCUGGAGAAAGGACAGUCUAUUGCUCCCACUCUCCUACAAGCUAUUCAACAAUCAAGAUUUGCAGUUGUCGUCUUUUCCAAAAAUUAUGCAUCUUCAACCUGGUGUCUAGACGAACUUGCAAAAAUCAUGGAAUGCAAACAUAAUCUAAACCAGGUUGUGGUGCCAAUUUUCUACGACAUAGAGCCUUCACAUGUGCGCAAACAGACUGCAAGUUUUAAAGGAGCAUUUGCCAAACAUGAAGAGAAUUUCAAAGAUGAUGAGGGCAAGGUGAAGGUUGAAAGGUGGAGGAAAGCUUUGACAGAUGCAGGCAGUAUUGCAGGGCACGAUUUGCACGGUCAUGAGUAUAACGGAUUUGAAACAGAGUGUAUCAAAGCAGUCAUUGCUGACAUAUCAAAACAACUGCCUCCACCUCAAAGUGUCCAAAAAGGUUUAGUGGGAUUAGAGUCACGGCUUGAAGAAAUAAGAAUGAAGUUGAAAGUGUGUGAUGUAAAUGUUAAGUUAAUAUUAGGCCUUUGGGGUAUGGGCGGUAUUGGGAAAACAACCAUUGCAAGAGCGGCUUUUGAACGAUUUUCUAGUGCAUUUGAGGGCUCAUGUUUUCUUGCUGAUGUUAGAAAACAUGGGAUGGAAGCCUUGCAAAAGAAACUCCUAUCAAAAGUUCUCAAGGAAAAUUCAAUUUAUAUAGAUGAUGUGGAUGAAGGUUUUCAGAUGAUAAAGAAAAGGCUUGAAUGGAAGAGAGUUUUAAUUGUUCUUGAUGAUGUGGACCAUGAGAAUCAAUUAAAUAAAUUGGUUGGAGACGGUGAAUGGAUUUGCAAUGGUAGUAGAGUCAUCAUAACUACUAGAGACAAGCAUUUAUUCACUCAAUUUAGCGUUGUUGUUGAACCUCAUGAAGUAGAGAAAUUGGAUAAAGAAAAAGCUUUAGAACUAUUUAGUUGGCAUGCUUUUAAGAAAGAAUCUCCAGAAAAAGGCUUUGAAGAUCUGUGUACAUCUUUUGUAGCUCAUGCUAGUGGUCUUCCAUUAGCCCUUAAAGUCUGGGGUUCUUUUCUACGUGGACAAACAAAGCAAAAAAUGUGGGAAAACACACUAGAGAAUAUUAAAGACAUCCCAGAAGGGGAAGUUAUUGAAAUGCUUAAGAUAAGCUAUGAUAGAUUGGGUGAGGAGUGCAAAAAUGUAUUUUUGGAUAUAGUAUGCUUUUUUCGGCACGAACACCGGUAUAUUGUAGAAGAAGUACUUAAUUGUUGUAAAUUACAUCCUGUUACAAACAUAUCAGUGCUUAUUGAUAGAUGUCUUCUAUUUGAAUCAUCACGGGGAUAUAUUCGUAUGCAUGAUUUGAUAUAUGAAAUGGGGUUGAAUAUUGCAAGAGAAAAAGGGAGAAGGAGAUGCCGGCUUGAAGACCUUGAGGAAGACCUUGAGGAUGAGCAUAAGGUGGUGGUAGAAGGUCUUUUGCUUUCAUUCGACUGUGAUGAGGAUAUUAGCCCUUGUAUUGACUCUUUCAAACAAAUGACAAAAUUGAAGAUGCUCAUUGUUAGAUAUCAAGAAGAACACUAUUUUUGUAGCUCAGAGUCUCAUUUGAAAAGUAUAGAAGCUUUGAAAGAGACAGGCAUUACGAAUUAUCUCCCAAGGAGUUUGACGGUGCUAAAAUUCCCAUAUUAUCCGUGGUCAAAGCUUUUUUUCCCAAUGGAAAUGAAGAAACUUACCUAUUUGGAUCUGAGCGCAUCCAAAUAUUUGUUAGAAACCCCAAAUUUUACAAAGAUGCCGAACUUGAUGAAUUUAAACCUUUCAGACUGUAAGAAAUUAGAAACUAUCCACCCAUCAAUUAAAAAUCUUAAGAAACUUGUAAAAUUGAAUUUAAGUCUAUGCAGCAACCUUGCAAAGUUUCCCAGCUUCAAUCAAGAAAUGAAGAGCAUUACGUAUUUGGAUCUUGAAAAUUGUUGUUCUUUGUUAGAAACACCAAAUUUUUCUAUGAUGCCGAACUUGAAGGAAUUACGACUUUCAAAGUGUGAAAAACUGAAACAGAUCCAUCCAUCUUUUGAAAAUCUUACGGAACUUGAGGAGUUGUAUUUUGAUGGUUGUAGAAACCUUGAAAAGCUUCCCAACAUUAACAAGGAAAUGAAGAGCAUUACCCGUUUGUGGUUUACAUAUUGUGACUCUUUGUUAGAAACACCAAAUUUUGCUAUGAUGUCGAACUUGAAGGACUUACGACUUUCAAAUUGUGAGAAAUUGAAAGAGAUCCACCCAUCUUUGGAAAAUCUUACCGAACUUGAAAUAUUGUGUAUUAAAAAAUGUAGUACCCUUGAAAAGCUUCCCAACAUUAACAAGGGAAUGAAGAGCAUUAAAUAUUUGGAUCUUGAAAAUUGUUCUUCAUUUUUAGAAACACCAAAUUUUGCUAUGAUGCUGAACUUGAAGGAAUUACGACUUUCAAAGUGUGAGAAAUUGAAAGAGAUCCACCCAUCUUUUGGAAAUCUUAUGGAACUUGAGAAGUUGUAUUUUGAUGGAUGUCGUAUCCUUGAAAAGCUUCCCACCAUUAACAAGGAAAUGGAGAGCAUUACCUAUUUGGAUCUUAAAAAUUGUUGUUCUUUGUUAGAAACCCCUAAUUUUGCUAUGAUGCCGAAUUUAAAGGCAUUACGAUUUUCAAAAUGUGAGAAAUUGAAAGAGAUCCACCCAUCCUUCAGAAACCUUACGAAACUUGAUGUGUUGUAUUUUGAUGGAUGUAGUACCCUUGAAAAGCUUCCCAACCUUAACGAGGAAAUGAAGAGCAUUACGUAUUUGGAUCUUGAAAAUUGUUGUUCUUUGUUAGAGACACCAAAUUUUGCUAUGAUGCCGAACUUGAAGGAAUUACGACUUACAAAUUGUGAGAAAUUGAAAGAGAUCCACCCAUCUUUUGGAAAUCUCACGGAACUUGAGAAAUUUUAUUUUGAUGGAUGUAGUGCCCUUGAAAAGCUUCCCAACAUUAACAAGGAAAUGAAGAGCAUUACGUAUUUGGAUCUUGAAAAUUGUUGUUCAUUGUUAAAAACACCAAAUUUUGCUAUGAUGCCAAAGUUGAAGAAAUUACGACUUUCAAAGUGUGAGAAAUUGAAAGAGAUACACCCAUCUUUUGGAAAUCUCACGGAACUUGAGCAGUUGUAUUUUGAUGGAUGUAGUGCCAUUGAAAAGCUUCCAACCAUUAGCAAGGAAAUGAAGAGCAUUACGUAUUUGGAUCUUGAAAAUUGUUGUUCUUUGUUAGAAACACCAAAUUUUGCUAUGAUGCUGAACUUGAAGGAAUUACGACUUUCAAAUUGUGAGAAAUUAAAAGAGAUCCACCCAUCUUUUGGAAAUCUAAUGGAACUUGAGAAGUUGUAUUUUGAUGGAUGUCGUAUCCUUGAAAAGCUUCCCACCAUUAACAAGGAAAUGAAGAGCAUUACAUAUUUGGAUCUUGAAAAUUGUUUUUCUUUGUUAGAAACACCAAAUUUUGCUAUGAUGCCGAACUUGAAGGAAUUCCGACUUUCAAAGUGUGAGAAAUUGAAAGAGAUCCACCCAUUUGGAAAUCUUAGGGAACUUGAGAAGUUGUAUUUUGAUGGAUGUAGUACCCUUGAAAAGCUUCCAGACAUUAACAAGGAAAUGAAGAGCAUUACGUAUUUGGAUCUUGAUAAUUGUUGUUCUUUGUUAGAAACUCCAAAUUUUGCUAUGAUGCCGAAUUUGAAGUAUUUAGACCUUUCAAAGUGUAAGAAAUUAAAAGAGAUUCACUCAUCUUUUGGAAAUCUUACGGAACUUGAGCAGUUGCAUUUUGAUGGAUGUAGUACCCUUGAAAAGCUUCCCAACAUUAAUAAGGAAAUGAAGAGCAUUACGUAUUUGGAUCUUGAUAAUUGUUGUUCUUUGUUAGAAACUCCAAAUUUUGCUAUGAUGCCGAAUUUGAAGUGUUUAGACCUUUCAAAGUGUAAGAAAUUAAAAGAGAUUCACCCAUCUUUUGGAAAUCUCACGGAACUUGAGGAGUUGUAUAUUGAUGGAUGUAGUAACCUUGAAAAGCUUCCCACCAUUAACAAGGAAAUGAAGAGCAUUAUGUAUUUGGAUCUUGGAAAUUGUUGUUCUUUGUUAGAAACCCCAAAUUUUGCUAUGAUGCCGAACUUGAAUGAAUUGCGACUUUCAAAGUGUGAGAAAUUGAAAGAGAUUCACCCAUCUAUUGAAAAUCUUACGGAACUUGAGGAGUUGUAUUUGGAUGGAUGUAGUACCCUUGAAAAGCUUCCCAACAUUAAUAAGGGCAACCUUGGGUCUGAUGGUGACAUUGACAUUCGUGGAAUCAAAACUUUUGUUCCUUUGUUAGCACUAGUCAUUAUCUCGGCCUCAAUAAUACGGUCUGCUAACUUGGUGAUUAUCAGUCUUGUACCAUUACACAAACCAAUAGUAUGGUCAAUAUUUCUCAUCAACAUAACUGACGAUCCAAUUUUCAAAGUCAAUGUAUGAUUUGAUAAA